UCUCUGGGCCGAGAGGAGGCAAAGUGGCCAUGGGGCACAAGGUGACCUGCAUCCUGCUCAUGGUUCUCAUGGUGGCCCUCAGCACCCUGACAGAGAACCCUGGAGGGAAGAAGUGUGAGAUGAAAAUUCACGAAAGGAUGAACUGUGGCUUCCCUGGGAUCAAGGCCGAUGACUGUAAGAAAAGAGACUGCUGCUUUGCAAACAGCCCUCCGGGGUACCCCUGGUGCUUCCACCCUUGGUCCGCCAACAAGACAGGAAGUAGGAACGACACAGAAGCAGACGAGUACUUCUUCUAGACGCUCUUCCUGUUGACCGCCCAGCUUGCCCCACUGCGCUGCACCUGGUGGCCCAGGAGCCCCUCCGCCUGCCUCCCCCGCAGACGCCACCACUCUGACUUCAGUACUUAAAAUCGGCCUAAAAUUAAAAGAGAUGAGCGUUA